AUGGACAUAGACAUUGAGGUGCCUGCUGAUGCAGUUGCGAAGGGGGAGCUAGUGAGCGUGGCGAUUGUGGCGUUGUGGAAGAAGAAAGGAUUCACCCCUCAGGGUGCACCCUGCACGCAUUUCCUGAAAACCUGGUGGAUUUUGACACGGGCAUGUCGGCGGGGCGAUCUAAACAUUCCUGGCAACAGACCUCUGUUCCUGAAUGCUGGGGUACCUAACUUAGGCUGUGACAAUCUUGCUAAUACAGCCGCAGCAGGCUACAGCAGCCCGAUCGCCUCCCCGGCCUUAUUCUCCACACGCUCCACGUCUGUCCUGAAUAACAUGCAGGAGAGUUCUGCUCCACAAUCUGCUCUGUCAAGUCCGAUGAGCACCGCAGCUGAACAACACGGCAGCUCCUCUGUCCAGGCAUCCUGGAAUAUGCCUGCCGGGUGCACGAAGGUGCCCAUUAGUAUCUUAGUGUUCCGUAGGCGACUGACCGGAAGGGGUUCCAGGCCGCAGUUGCCACCAUCUCAUAGUUCUAUGCCAGCCCCUGCCUUGCCUGAUGCUUCAGAGGUGGGAGCUUCUGUUCAGCUUGCUGGGAGUAAUUUAUUGUCACUUGGAAGAGCAUCAAACACUGUUGCAGGUGAUAUGACAAUGAAUCCGGCACAACUGGCCACUCCAGAUAAAUACAAUUCUGAGCAUCUUUGGCCAAAUGGUUUACAUGGUGAAGAAUCCAAGACUGAAAAUGGAACAGAAGCUAGCCAACUGCAACAAUUAGCAACAACAAUUUUCUGUAACAACCAUGAUAAUUUGGAAGCAGUGGUUCCUGCAAACACCUUGGAAACACGAAUCCAGCAUUCUGAUGAAUCAACUGCCCUUCUUACAGAAAGAACUGCUGAUGACAACAUGCAUACUUACCAGCCUAUGCAAAAAAGGCCCAAGACACAAACCAAUCAGAGUGAACAUACACCAUUGUCAACACCAGCUGCACCCAAGGAGAGAACACUAAAUCAAAUUGAGAUGCAGAUCGCAAGUGCUGAGAAAACUGAAAUGUUCAGGAAUGGGGAAACCCCAGCACAAAAAAUGAAGACUCGGAGGAAAAAACACAGACCAAAGGUAAUCAGAGAGAAUAAGCUAGCCAAAGUUCAAAAAUCUGAUUCAACACCAGAUGGAGAAUCUCCAAAUCAGAAAAUCAAGAGAAGUUAUGUCCGAAAGAAAAGAAGUCUCAGCUCUCUGGAGAAGUGCUCGGCUCCUGCUAGUGAUCAGUCAAUCUCUAGAGGAAAAGGAAUUGCAGCUAGAAGAAGAACUGCAUCAGUUCGAAGAAGCCUACAAUUUGAACCCGAAGAACAAGGAGUGCAGGGAGACCAUUCGUCAAUGGCCAACUUACAGCACCACAACUAUGAGAAACCUGUCCAUGCUCAAGGUUGUUUUUGCUCAGAAUCAGAAGUGCAAAUUGAACAUGGUCUACAAGCAGAUGUGGAAAAUUCACCAGGAGGAUUAGCUUUUGGCAUGAGUCUCAGACUGAACAAAUUGUUAGAUGAGUACAUACAUUUGCCAGAGGUCACUCCAAAACCUGCAGAAGAAGUUUCAAAUGCAACCUCUGGAUCUUUAAGUAAGGAACUAGCAAGUGAACAAGAUAAUGUGGGAAGAACUUGUGAACCUGAUGACACAAGUAAGUCCAGUUUGUGCAUUGAAGAAAGGGUGGUAAAAACAGUAAUAGAAGGAAACAAAAUGGACUUGGAAUUGAAGUAUUGUGAUGUUGAUGGUUUCCAUUCCUCAGCUAGGUCUAUACCUGAACAGAUGAGUAAGGUGUCAGAAGUGGAGAACCAUAACAAUGGUGAAUCGUCCCUAACUGGCACACGGAAUUCUGUUAUCUUGAGGACUGCAGCUGAGAUGCUAGCAUUUUGCCAAGCUGGUGGGGUAAAAAAGAAGCGAUCAGCCCGAGUCCGCAGAAAUUCCUUCUAUUCUGUGAUGGAUCUUGAGAAUAAUACUUUACAAGCAUCAACAAAACUGCCACAGCCAUGCAUGGAUGCUCUGUAUGAAAGUUCGUACAUUAAGUUUAUGACCAAAAAACGUUCACAAAAAGCACGACCGCACUGUUCCAGUUUCAUUCAUCCAAAUGAUGAGCUGGAAAACAGGUUUUCAGCUGAAAGCAAUUUUUACGGUGGAUCUAAUGGAUCCAUAAUAUCAGAAGAUACUUUUCCAAACUCUUUCACCUCUGACCCUGGCAAUGAAAGAAUAAACUCUGAUACUCAUUGUGAUGUACCAGAAGGGAGCUCAGCAAAUACAUCAACAGGAAAAUAUAUGGAUUACCUUCAAGGAGUUGCCUCAAAGCUGAAACAUCUUGAUUUGAACAUUGAACAGGUGCACGGAACUGAGAUGCAUUUAUCUCUGAGCACACCUGCUGUCAUUUCUUUUGGAGAAACAGAUGGUCUAUCAAAUGCCCUUGUCCCUUAUGGUGGUGGAGUGAUAAUUCCAUACGAGAGGCCCUUGCAGUUGGUCAAAAAGCAGCGGCCUCAGGCUAAGGUUGAGUUGGAUUUUGAGACGACAAGAGUUUGGAAUCUUUUGAUGGGGAAAGCAAGUGAGCCUGAUGGAACUGAUAUUGAGAAGGAGAGAUGGUGGCAGCAAGAAAGAGAAGUUUUUCAAGGUCGUGCUAAUUCAUUUAUAGCACGCAUGCGACUUGUUCAAGGGGACAGGCGCUUUUCCCCUUGGAAAGGAUCUGUAGUUGACUCUGUAGUAGGAGUAUUUCUCACUCAGAACGUAGCUGAUCAUCUUUCAAGCUCUGCCUAUAUGUCCCUUGCUGCAACCUUUCCGUCACAGUCAGUCAAUAGCAACUGUAAGGAUGAUGCUACUACCACCAAAGACAAUGAACAAACCAUCAGUGCAAGUGCACUAGGAGAGAAAAACAUAUUUGACCUUUUUUCCAAUGGUACCAGACCUGAUAGAGGAGUGGGUUGCGAGGAACUAUCAAUGACCUAUGAGAAAAUACACAUGGGACCAAAGGACAAUACUAGGACUAGUGAAUUGAUUGAAGGUGAAACUUAUUCCUUUGGUUACAAAUCAGCAAAUGGAAGUGUUUUCAAUCACCAAGUGACAGGAAUUGAACAUAAAGAACAACAAUUUCCAGAUUUCUCCUUGGUAGAAUUAACUGAGCCUACAGAAUUCAUCCAACAGAUGCAGAUCCAGAAGGAAACGUCACCCUCUCAAAGUGUAACUUUGGAAACUAUUCAAUCAAGAUUAUCUUUAAGUUCUGGGAUACCUAUAAAUUUUGUUGAUGGUAUUUCCUCAGCAUCUUAUCAGCAACUGGGAAGCAAUUUUGAUCUUGAAAGAUCAUUAACAGGAAACAAUGCCAUCAGUGAAAUUGAAUGCCAGAGACUCCAAACAGCAGCAAUAAACGAUUAUGGAUUUGCUAAACCCGGGGUUCCUUCUAGUUCUGCGAUGCCAUUUAUCUUGACUGUUGAUCCUCAACAACUGAACUUGAGAAAUGAGCCAAAUGUUUCUUCAACGUCUUCCAACAGUCCUUCAGAUUCUGCAUCACCAAAAAUAAAAAAUGGUACCAGUCCUCUUUUCAUGCCAUUUGAUUCCUAUGUGCCAGAGUGGAGUGGUAAUAGGACAGCUGGCACCACUCUGAACUCCACAAAAACAAGCACCGAGCUUCCAGGUGAAAUUACAGCAGAAACUGCAAGAAAAGAAGAUGAAUAUACUUUGAAAUCUGGUUUAACUUCCUGUAAUGAAGUACCAGAUUCUGCACAAGCAUCAAGGCCAAAGAAAACAAGAACCACAAGUAAAAGGAAUACAGAGAAUUUUGACUGGGAUAAAUUACGAAGGGGGGCUUGUAGCGAAGGCCACAUGAAAAAAAGAAGUCGUGAAAGAAGAGACUCUGUAGAUUGGGAAGCAGUAAGGUGCGCAGAUGUGCAAAGAAUAUCUCAUGCCAUUCGGGAAAGGGGAAUGAAUAAUAUUUUAGCAGAGCGAAUUCAGAAUUUCCUGAAUCGUUUGGUUAGAGACCAUGGGAGCAUUGAUCUUGAGUGGUUAAGAGAUAUUCCCCCAGACUCUGCAAAGGAUUACCUGCUAAGUGUACGCGGGCUGGGGCUUAAAAGUGUUGAGUGUGUUCGUCUUCUCACACUGCAUCAUCUUGCCUUCCCUGUUGACACCAAUGUUGGUCGCAUAUGUGUAAGACUGGGAUGGGUGCCCAUUCAACCCCUUCCUGAGUCUCUACAAUUACAUCUCUUGGAGCUAUAUCCUGUCCUCGAAACUAUACAAAAGUAUCUUUGGCCUCGCCUUUGUAAACUCGAUCAACAAACACUGUAUGAGCUACACUAUCAGAUGAUUACCUUUGGGAAGGUCUUUUGUACCAAAAACAAGCCAAAUUGCAAUGCAUGCCCAAUGAGGAGUGAGUGCAAGCAUUUUGCAAGUGCCUUUGCGAGUGCAAGGCUUGCACUUCCUGCUCCUCAGGAGAAAAGCAUAGUGAGGUCAAGAAAUCAAUUUGGUUCCCAGAAUAGCAGCAUGUACACUAUGGAUUCAACUCAUCUGCCUCGUCUUGAGGGGAGUAUCCAUGCAAGGGAGUUUCGUCCUAAGAACUCAGAGCCAAUAAUCGAAGAGCCUGCAAGUCCAAGAGAGGAAGAAUCCCCAGAAACAAUGGAAAAUGAUAUUGAAGAUUUUUAUGAAGAUGGUGAAAUUCCAACAAUAAAGCUCAACAUGGAAGCUUUUGCACAGAACUUGGAAAGUUGCAUUAAAGAAAGCAAUAAGGAACUCCAGUCUGAUGAUAUUGCAAAAGCAUUGGUUGCUAUUAGCACAGAAGAAGCUUCAAUUCCUGUACCUAAACUGAAGAACGUGCACAGGCUUCGAACAGAACACUAUGUAUACGAACUUCCAGAUUCACAUCCACUACUACAACAGCUAGAUCUUGACCAACGGGAGCCUGAUGAUCCUACCCCGUACUUAUUGGCCAUAUGGACACCAGAUGAAAUAAAUGAAAUAAGCAAGGCACCAAAACCAUGCUGUGACCCGCAAAUGGAAGGCAGCUUAUGCAAUAAUGAGAUGUGCCACAAUUGUACUGCUGAGCAAGAAAACCAAUCUAGAUAUGUCAGAGGCACAAUUCUGGUUCCUUGUCGAACAGCUAUGAGGGGUAGUUUCCCACUUAAUGGCACUUACUUUCAAGUCAAUGAGGUAUUUGCUGACCACAGCUCUAGCCACAACCCUAUACAUGUCGAAAGGGAGCAGCUAUGGAACUUGCAAAGGCGCAUGGUCUUUUUCGGGACUUCAGUACCUACCAUAUUCAAAGGUCUAACAACAGAAGAAAUACAACAAUGCUUCUGGAGAGGAUUUGUCUGUGUGCGAGGAUUUGACAUGGAGACUAGGGCACCAAGGCCGCUGUGCCCCCAUUUGCAUGUUGUAGCCAGGCCAAAAUCCCGCAAGACAGCAGCAACUGGUUAAGUAAUCUAAUUCAGCAAAGAUAUCAGUUUUAUAAACAUCAUGUUUAUGGCGAUAUGAUGUCAUUAGCUCUCGACCUGUGCAUGGACCAUAUUAGUUCCUGCCGGACGACAGCCAUUCUUCUAGGCAAUAAACCAUGGAGUUGGAGACUGUUACUUGAGAUGUUGGAACUAAUCAAGAUAAUGAAGAACCAAUCCUUUCCGUUCGCAUUGCUGGUGCGAGUUAUAGUUAUCAUCAAGCGUUAAUCCGUUAUGAUGUCAUUGUGUUCCUUUCUGAGACACAGUAUCUUAUCAACAUUCCAUUUGGUUAAUCAAUUGUACUUGUACUAGAUUUUUGUGUGCUGAGAUCAUGUUGCAUGCUACAUACCUAAAAUAUUGGUUUGAGUACUGGACGGCUUGCCAGAACUUUGUUUCUGUA